AUGGACACCGGGAAUGAGACCUUCCUGACAGAGUUCAUCUUGACUGGAUUUCCUCAGAACUUGAAGACUCGUAUCGUAAUGUUUGUCUUAUUCCUACUACUUUACACCUUAACUAUUUUGGGCAAUUGUUUCAUCAUCUUUACGGUUGUGGUCAGUCCACAGUUACACAACCCUAUGUACUUUUUUCUCUUAAACUUAUCCUUUCUGGACAUCUGCUAUUCAUCCAAUUCUCUUCCAAAAAUCUUACUAGAUAUGUUUUCUAAAAAAAGGAGAAUUUCUGUCAUUGGGUGUUUGGCACAGAUGAACCUUGGGCUGUUCCUUGGAGAAACGGAGUGUAUUCUUCUAGCUGUGAUGGCCUACGACCGAUACAUUGCCAUCUGCUUCCCCUUGUAUUACACCAUCAUCAUGAAUAAGAAGGUUUGUAGAAACGUGACAAUCCUCAUGUGGUCAAUAAGUUUCAUUACAUCGACGCUUCCCAUCGCCUUGAGGCCCCUCACGUUCUGCAGAAGGAAUAGGUUGGACCAUUUUGCCUGUGAGAUCUUGGCUCUCCUUGGGUUGGCUUGCGGUGACCUCUCCUUUUAUAAGACAACUAUAUUUUUUAUGAGUUUAUUCACCCUCUUAGCCCCAUUUAUUUUCAUUACUGGUUCAUAUUUUUGUAUCAUUUUAGCAAUUUUAAAAAUCCGCUCUACAGAUAGAAGAACGAAAACUUUUUCCACCUGCGCUUCCCACCUGACCGUUGUUCUUAUGUUUUAUGGGGCCAGUAUGACCAUGUACUUGGGGCAGACAAAAACAUUUUCAUAUCAACUCAAAUAUAUCUCCCUUAUGUAUGGGGUCAUCACUCCGGCCCUAAAUCCUUUGAUCUACAGCUUGAGGAAUAAUGAUGUUAAAGAGGCUUUCCAAAAAAUCAUGGACAACCACUAUGUGACAAGAUCGACCUAA